AUGACCAAAUCGGCUCCUGGUCACCCCCUCCCCCAUAUCAACGAUGGUCCAGCUCCGGGUCCCUGGGCGUGUAACACGCCGCCCGCAGCAGCCCCGGAGCUGCGACCGGAGCAUCCCGGGCGCUGCCGGGCUUUCCCGCGGCCGCCCCGCCAGGAGCCGUUUCGCGCACGCCCGGCGGGGGGAGGGGGGCAGGCGCGGGGGCACCGGUGGGAGGCGGGGCCGGCGGCGCCGGGAGGCGGCUCAGUCCCCGCUGCCAGGCGCGGAGCAGCCGCCCAGCCCGGCGCGGCCCGGCUCGGAGCCGCCGGGCGAAGGGGCGGCAGGAUGAGCAGCGGGCGGAGCGGCCGAUCCGCCGUGAAGAUGGAAGCGCCUUUUUAUCCCGAGGAAGGACUGGAGCUGCUCCCCGACUUCGCGCCGCUGCCGGGGUUCGGCGCCGCGGGCGGACCCGCACCCGAGGCGGCGCCGGGGCAGAAGCUGCUGCUGGGCGCCGCCAAGAAGCGCGACCCGCCGCCCGCCGGCCCCGCGCCGCUGCCGGGGCCCUUCGCUCUCCGCCCGGCCGCCCGCGGCAGCGCCGCCGCCCUGCGCCUGCUCCCGCCGCCCGCCGCCCCGCCGCCCGCCGCCGGCCCCGCCGAGCCCGCGGGGGGGGCGCGCGCCGAGGCCGCGCUGGGCUCGGCCGCGGAGCUGCCGCUGCUGAAGCUGCCGCCGGCCGCGGACCUGGAGCAGCUGCUGAUCCAGGGCGGCGCGGGGCUGAGCGGCGGCGGCGCGGCGGCGGCGGCGGGGGGCGGCGGGGCAGCGGCGGCGGGGCCAUUCCUCUACCGGCAGCCGGUGACGCAGGAGCAGGAGGGCUUCGCCGACGGCUUCGUCAAGGCCUUGGCGGACCUGCACAAGCAGAACCAGCUGCUGUCGGCGCCGGGGCCGUGCUGCGCCGCCCGCCCGGGGGCCGCCGACCCGCCCGCCGUCUACACCAACCUCGGCGGCUUCGACCCCGCGGGGCCGCUCAGCCCCUCGAGCACCGCCUUCCCCGCCGCCGCGCCGCCCAGCCUGGCGUUCGGGGCGGCGGCGGCGGGUCUGGGCGGUGGGCGACGGCCGCUGGAGGAGCCGCAGACCGUACCCGAGGCGCCGCCGGCGGCGGGCGGGGAGGCGGGCAGCGCGGCUCCGACGCCGCCGUCGCUGUCGCCGCUGGACGCGGAGAGCCAGGAGCGGCUGAAGGCGGAGCGCAAGAGGCUGCGGAACCGCAUCGCCGCCUCCAAGUGCCGCCGGCGCAAGCUGGAGCGCAUCGCGCGGCUCGAGGAGAAGGUCAAGGCGCUCAAGGGGCAGAACGCCGAGCUCGCCGCCACCGCCAACCUCCUCCGCGCCCAGGUCACCCAGCUGCAGGGCCGCGUCCGCAGCCACCUCUCCUCCGGCUGCCACAUCAACGCCGCGGGGCCCCCGCCCGCCGCCGCCCCGCGUGACGCGCCCCCCGAGCCGCCCGCCGCCGCCGAGACCGGCGCCUGCUGAGCGACCCCCGCACUCCCUCUCCUCGCUAUCGAUUCUCCCUAUUUAUUCGCGCCCGGAGACGGCGUUUGCACGAGCCGCGUGUCGCUGAGCCGCUCCCCGAGGUCUGUCGGCAGCGGGUGGGUUUUUCGGGGGGGGAGGGGGUGCGAGGCGGCUGCGUUUUCAUGAAGCGAAGCACUUGAGAUCUGUAGAGAUUUCGGAAAUUGAGGAAAUUCUUGUUUACAGAAAGAUUCAACUUUAUUUUCAUGGGGGAUAUCAAAAAGCGUGUUUCUUAAUACACCUUACUGAACUGUAGAGCAAUUGAUAAGCUUUUCAAACUUAAAAAAAAAGCCAGAAUCGUACCCUUUUGAAAAAACGUGCGUGUGUAUAUAUAUAUAUAUAUAUAUUUAAACAUAAUAUGGCUAUGUAUAUUUUCUUGGUAUUGAUAAAGAACUUUUUUAAAAAGACCGUCUUUCUCUAGAGCUUUAAUUUGCCACUGAGAGUUAAGACAACUGUGUGGGUGCUCUUCGCGCUCACGGGCUUUGGUUUUAAAAUCGAACCCUGGAGGGAAAUAAUUUUUGUCGCAAAUCUUAAGCAGGAUGAAAUGCAUUGCUGACUCUAUCGUAUGAAAAUACUUUUAUAAACUGUACGCUCCAUAUUUCUUGUGCCAGUGCAGACUUGGGGCAUUGAUAGUUAUUUAUUGAAACUUGAACACUUUUGGACGUUGCCUAGACCUUAUUUUUCUAGAUAACAUGUUACUGGUGAAAACGAUUACUAUGGCAAGAAGAGCUUUACUUUUAUUUCCUUCACUGUGUACAUUCCAGUAGUGUUUGCUCUUUGUGGAGUAUAGUAACAAUUCAGUGCUAUACGGAAAAGGGCUCAGAUUUGGGGUGGGUUGGCCAUAAAGGUGGUAAAUUCCACAGUAGUCUGUUCGAAUAAAUCACAGAAAUAUUGUGGAGAUUUAUUUUGCAGUAGAAAUCUGUAUAUCUCGCUUCUAGGUCUACUUUGUUCUAAAGAAACUUUCUGCAAUACUCUAGAGACUUUCUGGAAGAGUCACUGCUAGAACGUGAAAUGUUUUUUUUAAUGGUUGGGAAGAAUUGGUGUGAUUUAUUUGUUUGUCAAGACUUUGCUAGUAGAAGAGAAUAGCGAAGGAGCUAUUUCCUCUAAUUUGACAUAAUCCUCAAUAAGUUUUUGAAAGCUUUGGAUCCCUUGCUCCGUACUACUGCCUACUUUGCUUCUGCUGCACCUGUGUAUUUUGAGCAUAGCCGCUUAAUGCAGCACUGUUGAGCCCUGUGGCGUGGUGCAGUGGUGAGGGUCUGUCGGAGAGUGAUGGUCACCCCAACAAGAGCCCCUCGGGGGCUGGGCCUGCUGGUGGGGGAAAGCAGGGCUUCUCCUGAGCAGAUCCAGCUGCAGAGCAGGGCCCACUCCCCUCUUCAAAACUGUGUUUGAACUCAGAGGCAAAACUUACAUGGGGAUAUGUGUCUGUGCCAGCUGGUGAAAAUGGGGGAUUGUAUGAAGAGCCAAGCAGGCAUAGACUUCUUUAUGUGCUUAAGCCAUUGCUCGGAUCUGUUAAACCCACUCAGGAGCUGUUAAACAUCUCUUUAUUUCUUCUGAAGCCUACACUUGACACUUUGAAAUUCAAGAAGAACAGGAUAGACUCGCAGUUUUUCUUGCUUUUUAUUGGGGAUAUGUGAGUGCUAUCUGUUCAGAGAGUUGACCUGCAGUGCAGCAGUCAAGUGUGUGAGUUUUUUUCUGUUAGUGCAUAGUCAUUCCUGGCACACGUGUCGAUUGACAUGACAUGCCUUGGAUAGUAAUUGUGUUAUUGUAGCUAAGGAUGUUUCUUUUCUUAAUGCAUAUGCAAUUUAGGUAGAAGCCAUAUUAAUCAUUGUAUCACUGUUUAAUCAUGUCACCAGGGCCUUUCUUGCGAGUUGAAAUGAUUGCCUGUAACAGUACCUUCUGCUGCUGGAAAUACCUGUGAACAGAUGAAAAAAUAUUCUGAUCUUAACAUAGUUAAUGACUUCUUAAAGGCAUUCUGAACCAGACAGCAUAUGAUCUGUAGCGCUGCCUGUUACAACUGGGUGAAAAAUAACUGGGUUUCAGUGCUUGGCAGGCAUCACAUUACCUGCAAAGAUGCUGCAGGACUGAAAGCUCCCACACACUUAACACGCCAUCCCUAGUGAGAAAGGCAAUGCUUCCUGGUAGAUAAACUGAUAUGGGAUGAGAUGUGAUAUGAGAGGUGUAGAGAGGUUGGAUUUUUUUAAGAAAUCCUGGGAAAAUAUGUAGAAAUUACAUUGGUAGACACUGCUGUUUAGGUUCUUGCAAAGGAGUGUAGGGACAGGUAAAGACCUUGUGAUAGGGCACAAGACUGUGGUAAGUGCAGCUGCAUAGUGCUGCUUCUUUACUCAUUUUACCAUUUCAAUUCAGAACAAAUUAGCAAUGCCCACAGAGAAGUGGGGGAUCCAUAAGACAGGGAAUCACUGGCAUUCCCCUUUCCAGCUGUGUGCAGGGCUAUAACCUGUCAGGGGUAUAAACAGCUCACCCUUUUCAGAAAGGCAGUGUUAAAGCUGGAAAUCACCAUGCGUUACCUCUCUCCUAUUUGAACUUCCCGCAAGAGCAGUCCCGCAUCCAGCCUCUCAAGAUCUUAUGUGGUAACUUCUUUAACAGCUUGCCGUAUGUUCUAGCUGACAUCUGCUAGGCUGCAGAAGUGCCGACAGGCCAGCUGUGUUACCCUGAUGACUGACAAGAGGUUACCAGUGAGGCUGGUGGCUCCAGCUCUCUGCUGGAGGCUGCUAUUCUGUUAGUCAAGUUGUCCAAAACAAACAUGUUUUCUGAGGAGUGGCAGGUUACUUUCAUAAACGCCUUAUUUUAUCUGGUGUUUAGACUAAGACACAGGAUCUAACGGUGACAUGACCAAAACCUGAGAAUACUGUGGGGUGGUGGGGUUUUGUGAUCCUGAUGCUGCUCCCAUCGCAGAGAUACGAGUGGAUACCUAAGAACCUAGCAGUUUAAACCAAUGUGACAAGACUCGUGAGUGCUUGCCUGCUGCAGCUGUUAGGCUUGGUUCUUACUGUCUUCUAAAAUGUGUCAGUACUUUGACUUUUUCACCUGUAAUGUUCUUAAAUCUUUAAAUAUGGCUUCUUUUUUUCACCCUGCCUCUUGUUUUCAGUUUGUUGCAGCAUUUUUUUUUCAUGUUUAUUUCUUUUAGGCUUUGAUUUUUCUGCCUAAAACUUUGGUCACUGUGAGAUGCUAAAAGGUAGAUACUAGGUAAAAGUUUUCCAUACUGUUUCUAGGAUUUGCAUCAAUGUAGCUCCUUUUCAGUAACUGCAGGCAAAUCUGCUGUGCAGGUGUCAUUCUAUAAAAAAAAAGAAAAAAGAAAAAAUCAGUUUACGUUCAGUGGAAUCUCAAUAGCUCAGUAGUUAUUAGCAUUUUUCUUCUCUCUUCAAAACUGUACUAUGUUUUGUUGUACUUAUGCACGCUAUUAGCUAGUCCGUGCAAAGAUUCUUACUGCAUGACUUGAUUUGCCAGCUACCCCCAUGCCCUUCUGAUCUGGUUUUGCAUUCCAGGUGCAAACCCAUGACAAAUAGACAUCCCUCUUUGUUUGCCCUAGGUGUAGUCUCUGCUCUGGAGAUUAUGCAGUCCCUUCCUUUGUCUGUUUUGGUCAGUGGGAACUUGUUCUAUGCGCAUCUUGCUUGCUGCUCAUCAGCAGGUUUGGAAUGCGCUUGAACCAGUGUCUUGAUGUAGAUGUGAAGUGCCUUCCUAUUUAGGUGCUAUAGCAAAAUAGUUCAAUUCAUAAUUACUUUCAUUUCUUUGAAUUGUCAGAUCUUUUCUGUCUUGGGGAGUAGGAGUGUUUGUGGUGAGAGAAGCCUUGUUCACGCCUUCCUUCGGCAGAGGGAGGAGCUCCCAUCAGAUCUGCCCCUGCUUGCUGUGAGUGCAGGGAAAGUACUCUGCUAUGACCGACCAGAAUGAUGUCAUUAGUAGAAAAGUUGAUUGGUUUGCUCCCUAGCAUGGAACAAGUAGUGAAAUCUCUCAGUAUCAAAAGUUAUCCAGACACAUUUGGGUGGGUGGUGAGUAGUUCUUACAACUUUCACUGUGACUCCAGUUCGAGCCCACGUGGCGGGCUUAGAAAGCAAUUCCCAAAACACAGGUAUUUUGCUUACUUUGAGAAGUGCAGGUAUUUGGCAGUGGUAAGUCCUGAUCACAGAGAGGGUUACAUUUUUCGCAUGAGCCUUUGAUAGUCUUGCAAGAAGGAAAUGCCUCAAAGGACUUGUACUUUCCACUGCAUAUCAUAAAUCACAGUUGGCCAUCAUGAACUGUUCAAGGUCAAAGAGUGGCACCAGUACAAUUCUCCAUUAUCUCGGUUCAUGUAUGUAUCAUUACAGAAGGAAGAGUCAUGAGGUAUCUUUUUUUUUCUUUUUUAAUUUAAAUAUCUAAUUGACUGUGUUCACCUUGCCUUUGACAAAAGAGUGAUCUCCCAAAUUUAAGUCCUGAGGCAUUCUGCUGUUUGCAGCUGUUAAAGUGAGAAUUUUAUUUGGCAACUAAUUUUAAGUCAAUUGUGCAGCUCAAUGAUACUUGCCAAAUUAUUGUAUAGUUAGUGUUGUUCAGUGGUGUCUGAAGUACAGAUGAAUGCUAUAUCUGUAUUACUAGUUGCACUGAAAAUAGUUUGGCUGCCAUAACCUGAGACUUGGCUAUCUGAAUCCAGUAGAUUCUUAGAGAAAAUUUCUCUAUGUAUGAAAUAAAUAUGCAAGAAUAAAAUAUGCAUCUACUUAUAAAGUAAGUAAUUCUUCAAUGCAUUUUACAUGUCAUUCUGCCUCUGGAGUUUAAGUCAGAAAAGAAGAAGCAGUGAGUUAGAUUUUUGUUUAUUCUUAUGUGCAGCUGUAGCUGCUGCUGCAUAAUUUUGCUCUUUCCUUACUUGAUUCUCUUAAGUGUCUGUGUUUAGUAACUAGACAAAUCAAAGUAUGACACAUCUGUGUACAUAUUUUAUUUGUACAAAACCACUUCCAUUUUCCAAGUAUUUUGUUUGCUCUUUCACUGUAACCAAGAAUGAGUGGUGAAGAGUUCCUAGGGUGUUUUGGUAGUCUUUGUAUUCAAGUCUUUGUAUAUUCAUCAGUAUUGUGUAUGGUGACUGUGCAUGUUCCAGCAGAGGCAGACAGGAAAAUCUGUCAGGGGUUUACCUUUUUUAACAUUUGGCAAGACCUAUAUCAGCAGAGAAAGCCUUGAACAGAGAGCUUUCACAGUGCAUAAUCAUCCUGCAAAUGUUGAUUCAUCCUUCUAGUGUCACGGUCACUUGCUGUGGGGCUGCAUCAGGCUUUACUGUAUGUGAUGCGAUACGAUAAAUGUUCCUGUGAGAAAAUGCAGAACCUGAAGUUUCUUAUAAACUUUUUAAUCUUACUGCAUGUGAAACUUCAGCGUGAAGGUGUUGAUGAAUUAAAUCUGAGUUUAUGGAGACUUAGACUGUAAAGGUACGUUAUGGGAGACAGGAGGUCUUAUUAAUUCUCAGAUAGUCCUGUCCUUUGUUUCAAAGAUCUCCCUCUUUCCGUCCUUCCUAUGAAGUGGCUUGCAGCUGCUUGUGCUGUGAAACCUCUCUCUUUAUAAUGGCUGGUAGUAACUUAGAGGUGGGGCAGAAAUAACUUCUACUGAAGAGGUCAUAUACGACCAACUAAAUGUAGGUUUCUGAAAAACACUGUAAGAGUGAGUGAGUGCACAGUCCAUUCCUAAGAGUGUCCAGAGAUGCAUAUACCUAAUUUAUAACAAAAGCAGCUUUCCAAGACACCAUCUUGUUGACUUGCGACAGACAUUGGUCCUCACUUCUUGUUUUAGUCUGCUUUUUCUCUUGCUUUAGUUACUUUCUGCAUCAAUGUAGUCGCAAACCGGAUCUUCAUUUGGAUGUUGAAACAGUCCACUCUGUGUAGGUCAACGAAUGCCAUGCUCUAACUGUCUUUGCAGGUUCCUGCUGAGGAAACAGUGGUGGGGAGAGGAAGGAAACCAGUCUAGGAUCUAUAUCUUCGCACCAACGCUGUGUUUUGAAAUGCAACUUUCUGUUGAGUAGUCUUGACAAAAGUGUCACUGAUGUAAAAGCACUGAAUCUUGGUUGUCUGCCUGCAGGGGACAUGAGGCUUUGUGGUGGAGUUCUGCUUUGGGUGGUAUCCUCUCAACCCAGUGCCAGCCACUGAUAUGGGAAAAGUCCGCAAAUCCAACCUCUGUGAACGAUUCUACUGACGCACACAUAUGCCUGUAAACACAUGCCAAGGUGUUGUGCACAGACCCUAGCAUGCAUUGAAGAGGUCAUGGCCAAAUGGUGGAACUGUGAUCUUCUUAGCUGCAGCAGUACACAGUGACGCAUCUUCAUAUUCUUUGUCAUGGACAAGUUCUUCUAGAAGAAAACUAAGCUGCAAUUCUCUCUGUGACUGCAAGGUGAUUUUUUUUUUUUUUUUUUUUAGAUUUCCAGUCAAAUUGUAGGACUGUCAAAUCCUGUGAUUCUACAUUAACACAAAAAUAUUGUUUAUUUAAGCUGCAGUUUAUAUGUAGUAAUUUGCUGCAAAGUAAAGGGAAGGAUAUUAUAAAUAAUAUUUGCAAGGGAGUUGCCCUAAAUAAUUACAUACCUGCAAUUUGCUUUUUUGUCUGUUAUCAAAAGUCUGGAUCCAUAGCAUGGCUAGCUUUAAACUGACCAUUGCUCUGAAUUUCUAGUGUUACUAACAUUGUCUGCAAUAGUUUAAGGAGUAUGCGUGCUGGCUAAAUGUUUUUUUCUGGAGGAAUUAUGAUUUCUGCAGGAGUGUUUCAGAGUGAAUAGGUAUGACCAGAUCACUGUGCACUAACAGACUGCUAGGUUUCAAUAUGUAGUACACUGCGGAAAAGGUUUACUUCUACUGUUAUUUAUUGGUUAAGAAUUACUUCAGAGUGGAAUUGUAAGCCACCUAAAUAAGAUCCACACGGUCUAGAGACGUGUGCCACUGUAGAUCAGUAACAGACAUUCCAUCAGUUCCAGAAAAAUAGUCUUUGGUUGCAGUUGUUUUUGGGUUUGUUUUGCAAUUUUGGUUACUUUUGUAGAUUAAAUCUGAAUCUACUCUUCCUUUGAAAUCUCUUUAAAUAAAUUUGAAAACAUUUCUGCUAACUACCUUGUAGCAUCUCUUGCAACUGUUCAGUUAGAAUCAGUGAGACUACGUUGUUAGUUAUAGCAUCGAUGGAGAAAGCUGAAGUGGUUAAAAGUCAGGCUUCUCACUGCAUCUCUGUUCUUAGGCCAUGGGCUGAACAUUCAAAAAGUCAUAACCAGUAGCUUGAACUCUAUAGAAUUGUUUCUUGGCAUUUUCUUGUCCCCUCCAGAAAGCUACCUACUGUCAUGAGUAAUGUGUGGCCCUCCUCCUUGACACAGAAAUUUGACGUUUGAUAACAAACAGUCUUAAAAAAAAAAAAAAAGGUUUAUAAAGAUAGUCUUGUGGUUCACACUGAACUUUUUGAAGGAUAACAUGUGGCGCUUUAUAACCUUUCCCAUGCCUCUGCUUCAUAAUUGCCACAUUUUCUUGUAAUGCAGGACAUAAGCAACGUGGUGGCAUAGAAUAAAGGUAAUGGCCUGUUCCAGAGAGGAACCCUUCCUCUUUUUCCCUAGUAACUGCUAGGGAAGGAUACCAAUAGAAAAUACUGUUAUAAAACUUGCCCUUCUUAAUGAGAGCGUGAGGUUGAACUCAUUAACAAUUUUCCAACUUUUACCAUUCUGUCAUUUAGUAUCCCUCAUGGAGGGGCAACAGGAAUAGCGGGAGAAUACUGACCACUGGGGAGUUAAAUAGUCCUGUUAUCUGUAAUACGUCACAGAAGCUAUGGCCAUAAGUGGCUAGGACAAAGAUGACACCUUUGGAACAGGGAUUUCUAAAAUGCUGCCCAAGUGUCAUUACCAGUCCAAACCAAUUUGUGCCAGUUACUAAAUUAGUAUUGUAAGUUAUUGUGGUGAUUGAAAGUCUUUCUGGGCACACUGAAACUGAAAUCACAGCACAAGCUGGUGUGUCUGUGGUAUCUUUUUGGCUUAUAUUGUUUUGUUAUUACUGUUUGAGUGUCUUCUAAACUUCUUUGGAAACUGUGCCCCUCCCUGUUUUGCCUGAUGACUGGUAAUUUCACACUUAGCCUUAUUUAUUUAAAGCCAUGGCAACCACUAUGCUGAAAUGUCAUCAGGUAGAGUCCGGGUCUGAAUGCUGACUGAUGAUGCAACGGUCUGCUCUCUAAUAAAAUGUGGCUCCUGAAGGUUGAGCUCCAUAAGGCAGCUACGCCCUGUCUUCAAGCAUUUGCUCUAAUUUCAAGACUUUCCCAUGUGGUAUUGCUCAACAUGUAGCAAAACAAGUUCUUGCAAGCCUCUUGAGCAUUCCUCUCUAUGUAACAUAACUAGAUAUGCAGGCUUCCUUAAUUUUUUCCUCCUCCCCUUAGCCCCCCCAAAAAACAAACUAAACCCAGAACAAAAUACCCAACACUAGCAAAUCUUGGGCUAUGUUUUACUUUCUUGCAAAGUGCUGUUUGUUAAUUAUAGAGAUGCUUAGCUGGUUCUUACAUGUGAACCAUGGGUGUAAACAUCUUGCACCAGUGAUUUUGCUUUGGUUGUACUUAGCUGCUUUGCAGGGGAUGAAGGGAGGGGAAUAAAUGUUGCAAUAAAUUGUUGUGCAAUUCCUGGCUUUCAAAUAGAAAAUGAUGAGCAAGUGUGCGUAGGCCUCUCACCCAGCAAAAUUUGGCCACUGAUUCUUAACACUCCCACUCUUAAUUACCAAUGGGUCUAUGAGCUCCAGAAGGUCAAAAGGAGAGAACAGAGGUCUUAAGAGAGGGCAGUAUCAGGCGUGUUCUGCUGUGAAAGGCCCUGAGGCUCCUGGAUCUUAAAAGUCAAGUUCAUCUUUUGGAUUAUGCCAAGGUUUUGAUGUCUGAACGUAAUCCUUAAAAUCCCUAUGCAGGGCCUUGCCAGGAAAGGUGUCUAGGUCUGUACUGCUCGAGAACUCACAAUGGUGAAGCAGCUCUUCAGUGUUCUGUGGUUUUUAGUCUGUAGAGUUGUAGGACAUUCUUUCAGGGCACUUUCUGUUUCCUGGAGAGGGUCAUCUAAGGCUGACUUGUUCUUCUUGCAGUUUCUGCCUAGACUGAAAAUGUUUCUGAAGUUUAGGGGACACCACGCUCAUGCCCUCGCUGUGUGGUGUUGAUGAUGGCUAAUAUUGCAUCACACAAAAAAUCCCCCUGAAAAAGAAGCAGCUCUGGAUGGGUGCAGACUGGGACAGAUGAAAUCCAUCAUUCUUUGAGCAAUAUGUGUUUGCAUCACUCAAAUAGAGCCACUAGCUUCCAUCAGCUAAAAAGGAGAGAGCUCUUGGGCAACAGGACCUAGCUUGAAAAGUGCUCAAUGGCUUCUGGUGCCUGGUUCUGGUUGAACUUCUGUGAUGCAGAAAACAUUUAAUGCUGUGCAGUACCAUAAGCCUUGCGAUAUCAUGCUGAGGUUACUGCUAGGAUCGUGUGAGUCUGUGCUCCUUAUUUGGCUUGCAGUUGCACCACAUGCUCAUCAACAGACCAAAGGGAUCUCCUGAAAAGGAAAAGCAGACCCUUUCUGCUGAGUAGCCACCAGCAUCCCCAAGCUUUCUUUUUGUCCAAAAGAAGUGUGAGCAAACUGCCACUUCCUUCAGCUUUCAAAUACAAACUGGUUCUUCCCAGGCCUUUGGGCAUGGUGCUGAAACUUUCUCAUUCAGGAUAGCUGUUCAAAACGAAAGGUGGAGACAGUGCAGUACAGAUUUGGCUUUGCUUUUCCAGUAGCUUAUGUGCAACUAGUUGGUGGGUGGUUGUCUGCCUACAUCCUUUCCUGGGUUCUUGUAAGUUGGGUUUACACAUACCUUCUUAUUCUGCCUUAUUAAAUUAGCUGGCACAGAGGAAGCCCCUGAGAAACCCUUUCAAAAUCUCUGCUUCGGGAAGAAUUUUUAAAAAUUACCAUAUUUGAAGAGAUCAAAAAACCAAACCAAAACAAAAAAAAAACCCCAAACCAACAAAGCGAAUUACUUGGUGUCGAUAUCGAAGUACUUUCCCCUUUUGUUUUAAACUUGAUUGUUUUGGGGAUUGUUUUGGGGAGUGUUUCAAACUGGUGUGCUAUCAAGGACAUUGCACACACACGAAGGUAAUAACAGCGAAACAAAAUUCAGUAGCUACUCAUUUGCUGGAUUUGGUCAGGAGAGGUAUAUCAAGAACACUUCUGACAGCUUUUUUUCUGAUGCAAUGAUACUUUGUUUUAUGUAAACAGAAGCUACAGGGCUUAAUAAUAUACAACUGAGGAUUAUGUCCAUUGUAGUACUUUUAUGUUGCUUUUACAAACUAUGUAGUAUUAUAUACAAAAUACUUAUUUCUGAGACAAAGUGGAUGAUAUUAGUGGCAUCUUGCACUUGAUUAAAUAGAAAACAUUUUCUUAAUUUAGUGAUGUGUUUAGAAAAAUACUGUAACUUACUGAGUAUACAACGGUGAUAACUGUGUUUACAAUAAUUUUCCAAUUCCUACUGUUCAGUGGUAGCCAACUUGUUUAAUAAUUAAAAGUGAGGCAUACUGCGAUUGGCAAUCUUGGAAAAACUAACUCAAUGCUGCUACCACUAAAUACUGUGGGAUGUAUACCAUGGGUUUAAAUGGCAGCAGAAUUGUAUUCCAAGCCUUUGUCUUAAGUACUUAUGACUAAAAGGCGACUUGCCUUGUGCUCAUUUAUGUAUCCCUGUGUGUAGUACAUCAGUCAGAAAUCUCUUAAUAGUUGAUUUGUAACACUAGGACCGUUAUGGAGAUCACAGUGGAUUUUUUGUUUGUUUCUGAACAGACACAUUUUGGAAUGUAAAACAUUGAUCCUUGUGCUGGAAUUGUUUACAUGCAAAAAGGUAUUUAUGAUUUUUUGCAAACUGCAAUGUGCAAUUUUGUACAUGUGUUUUAAACUAAAGAGUUUAUAAGGACGAUAUUGUAUGUACAAUACUUGGACAUGAGUAUUAUUUCUUUGAUAUAAAUAUCUAGAAGAAAAUUAAAAUUGCUUUAUAUUCAU